AGUUACAACUACAAGGUAUAAGUGAAACAUGGUCAUUUGAAGUUGGAUACAAGCAUCACCACUUUGGUUGAAGUUUUACGGAUUCAGGACACAAGUAAUACUCUGACCAGCACCUUGAUUUGUGAUAUCAAUAAACCACUGAUCCAUAUUUCAAAAUGAGUCGGAGCAGCAAGAGACUUUAUGCCAACGGACUGAAUGACUCGAUGGAUGCAUCGGGUUAUGAAUCCAGUGAGAGCCAAUCCUUGUUGGGCAGUGUCACAGUACGGACUCAUCCUGCACCGGGAGGAGAGACGUCUGUUCUUGGAGCGAUGUUUAUCGUUGUGAAUGCUUGCAUUGGGGCGGGGCUUCUCAACUUUCCCUUCGCAUACCAAACUGCUGGAGGGAUUGCCGUUAGUGCUAUCAUUCAGUUGGUGCUAGUUUGUAUAAUCUCCACCACUUUGCUGAUUUUAGCAUUGUGCUCUGAUGUGCGUCAAUCCAAAUCUUAUCAAGGUGUCAUCCAGGAGAUGUGUGGUCCCAUAGGAAGAGUUAUCUGUGAGUUGUGUAUCAUUGCAUACUGCUUUGGAACAUGCAUCACAUUCUUCAUCAUCAUAGGAGACCAGACUGAUGGAAUAUUAUCUUAUAUCUGUGGAGGUGCAGACCACUUGGUUCACUGGUAUCAAGAUAGACGCUUCACUAUAACCUGCUGGGGAGUAUUCAUUGUCCUACCUCUGUGUCUGCCUAAAACUGUUGACUUCCUCAAAUACCCUGGUUCCAUUGGAGUAUUUGCAUCACUGUACAUCUGUAUCGUAGUCAUCAUCAAUUACUUUCGGAAAGCUGGCAGCCCUAGUCCAGAUCUUGUCACUCAUCCUUCAUCCUGGACCCAAGUCUUUGCUUCAAUACCCACUAUAUGCUUUGGAUUCCAGUGUCACGUCAGUAUUGUUCCAGUCUAUUCUAGUCUUCACAAGCGCUCUCUACCUCGAUUCUCUCGUGUCAUAGUCCCUGCACUCCUGAUUAGCUGUACAGCAUACACACUCUCUGGUAUAUUUGGAUCUCUGACGUUUGGCAGCAAGGUCUGUUCAGACAUCUUACUCUCGUAUCAUGAUAAAAACAUCACAAUCAUGAUUGCCAGAGUGAUGGCUUUAACCAACAUGCUCACAACAUAUCCUAUUCUACACUUCUGUGGCAGGUUAGCCAUUGAGACAAUGUUACAAUCUUCUCUUGGUCGGACGGAUGAAGAGUGGGCCUUGAGAGAGAAACGGCGCAGGGUCAUUGAAACAGUAACAUGGUUUAGUAUCUCGCUUCUACUGGCACUCUUCAUUCCAGAUAUAGGGGUGGUCAUCUCGGUCAUUGGAGGGUUGGCUGCUGUAUUUAUAUUUGUAUUUCCAGGUCUGUGUCUAGUCCAGUUUGUCCUUCAGCACUCGGCUGCAUCCCGGAGAAAGAGAUGGUGUCUCAUUGCAUUUGGUGGAUUUCUCCUGGCUCUGGGCGUCUUCAUCUUCUCUGAGAGUUUCAUCCUUUCUAUCAUGAACGACAUCUCUGGUAACAAUAAGAGCGGGUGCUGAGAGCUCUUCUGUAUGCUCUUUAUUUCUAUGAUAUGCAGGGAAUCAAACACUUGAUAACUCCCUAUAUGGGUUUUGAAAAUCCUACAGUGUACGCAAGUCUUUAUUAUAUGAGGAUUCAUUCUCUCUAUCAUGAACGACAUCUCCGGUUACAAUAAGAGCGGAUGCUGAGGGUUUUCCAAUUUGCUCUUUAUCAAAUUUAUGAUAUACAGGAAAGAAAAAAACUUGACAGCUUUCUGUAUGAGUUUUGAAAACCCUACGCAAGCGUAAGUCUUUAUAUAUGUGGGUUUAUUCUUUUUAUCACGAACUUGCCCUUUAUCAAUCUAUGAUAUACAAGAGUGCAAAAAACCUGAUGUCUUCCUGUGUGGACUCGUCAUUACAUCAGAGGCUUUCACCCUCUCCAUCUUGAGGAGUAUUUAUGGGCCCGGCUUACAAAGACUUAACGAUUGAUCAAGUUCGACUAUGGAAAGCCAGUAAUGUCAACAUCUAAAAUGCAUGUUUGUUCAAAUGUUUUGUUGAUGUGAUGUAUAAUCAUACAUCCAUUAUUGUCUUGAAUAUUCAGUAGGCUUCUCUUUGCUUAAAAAUGACAUCAAUGUGCAAAUUUCCUGUCAAAAAAAGCUAUAACAUUGAUGGAUUUCCAUAUAAUUGUGGUUGAUUGGAACAUUCGUGACUCUUUUUAAGAUGGGCCCCUGGUAACUCAAAGAGAUGGUGCCAAGAUCUUCACUUAAUCUGUCAUUUACAGGAAUGGAAAAGCCGAUAGUUCCUAUAUAACCUUGUAAAUGCUGUAUUGUAAUUGAAGCUCACAACAUGUUCGUUUUGGAUGACUGGUGCUUUAUUUUUAAAAAUGUCUCUUUGUUGUCCUACAUGCAAAAAUGAAAUUCCUUUUUUUUCUCCUUCUCCAACAUUUGGAUUUCACUCUGUUGUACUUGUUCGCUAUUUCUCUUCAGUGCUCCUCAACCACAUUAAGGUAAUUUGUCCGAUUCAUCUUGUCUUUGGUGGUAACACAUAUUUUAAGUUCUUCACUUCUAUCACAAAGAGAUAUCAUAAAUAUGUUUCCUGCAAGCUUGAAUUGAUUAAAUCUAAAGCUUUUAUUUUCUGCUUAAUUGGCACAGCUUUCCAAUUCUAUCUGCAUUCAAGUUAUGUGUAACAAAUUUUCCUGACAUAGCAAUUUAUGCCCAGUGAGAGCCAAACUAAGAAUUCACAAAAAAUCUAGUGAAGAGUUGUAGGUUUCCAUCCAUUUGAGCACUGAAUAGUUUUCAGUGCAAUUUUUUAUGCAAAGUGAAAUAAAAAUGAAUUCAGAAUCUGAGAAGCAGAAAAAUUAACAUUUAUUUCUGUGUACAAACCAAUGGAAGCACAAUGCUCCGAACACAACAUGACUGCACGGUCUCAAAGCUGGUGAAAGCACGUACAAGAAAGCCCAUUUUCAAAGCCCAAUAAUUGGAGUUAUUCUUGAGCAAAACAAUCAGCUGGAAAGUAGUGAGAAUGCCUAAAGCUUGCAAUUAUGUGUUAAGUAGAUUUGUCAUUUCACUUCUGGGUUUGGUCUGGGUCUUAAACAUUUCACUUCCAUGAAGAGAAAUCCACUUGGCGAUUAUUUUACUUUUGCAUUUGCACCCAAUAUUUUCAAGCUAGGGUCGUCUUCGAUACUAGACACCUUUCCCAAGUUUGAGCCCCCUCUUUCCCACGAAGCAUCAUCUCGCUUCUAAUCCACCCAUUUCAGUAUAUAAAAAACAAUGGAGCAUGUCACUUUGAAAAGUCAAAAAUUCUGAAUUGGAAUCAAAUAAAUUUUUAUCUUUUCACAAUUAAUAUGGUUUUCACCUUGAAUGUGAAAAGAAGAAAAUUUGUUUGAUUUGAGUUCUACCAAUCAGGUGAAUCUCUUUACGAAUAUUAACUGAAUGUGAAUGCUUUUACCUUCAAGAAGACGGGGAACAGACCUUUGGUGGUGACUAAACAUUCUUAAGGACUUCACAUGGGCCCCGUCUUAAAAAAAAGUAACAAUUGAUCCAAUCAAUCAUAACUCUAUGGAAAUCCCUCAGUGUCAUUAUUUCUUCUACAUGAAAUUUGCAAAAUGUCCUUUGUAAACAAAAACGAACACAUCAAAUUGUCAAGAAAUCAAUGAAUUUAUGGAUAUUCAUUUUUUUGGAAAAAAAACAUGCAUUUAAUAUGUUAACUUUGCUGGCUUUCGCAACUCUUUGUAAGACAGGGCAUCACAGGAGAUACCUCUCUCUCCCCCUCUAGUCUACAUGUACCUCUUUCCUGCCUUUCUAUCCCAUCUCUUUCACUCUGACUCUACCAGUCCUUUUUCAGGGGACCGUUGCAGAAAGAGUUGCAAUCAAUCUCAACUCUAAAAAUCAAGCGCAACUUGAUUUUCAACCAAUCAAUAGUGCGCAUUUGGGACUUGCGAUUGAUUUUUUUACUUGCGUUUGAUUUUUUUACUUGCGUUUAAACGCAACCCUUUCUGCAAUGGACCCCAGGACUAACAACAUGGUGAACUAGAAGCCUCUUCUAGAUUCUCUGUACCACGAUGUAAACCUUCAAAGAUCAUUGGAUAUUCUUGUGUGUUUAUAUGAAUCAAUGUACUAUAGCUGUUUAUGUAUAAUUAUAAGAAAUAUUUUGGAGUUAUGAACUAGCAGAUGACAGAUGGAAAUAUGUUCAAUUUUAUGUAUAUUUCAUUUAGUUGUAAUCCAAUAGUAGAUUGGGGAAAAUCCUGUAUAGAAUUAGCCAUCCUGCCCUCUCCUCUACAUGUUAUUUUGUCUGUUUGUAACAUAUGUAAAUGUUUGUUAUCUGUUUCUUCAUUUUGUAUGAAUAUAUCUUACACUUGAGAAAGUAGAAAUCGAUUGUAUACGAUAUCAAAGUCACCCCCCCCCCCCUCUACCUCCACCCCCAAAAGGGGUAGUAGACUUGGCAAAACCUGAAGUGCAAUGUUCCUUUUAGAAGUAAAUAUUCUUGAAAAUUACUCAAUUAAUAAAGUGAUGUGAACUUAAUUUUAGUACUCAUUCUAACAAAUUAAUCUUUUGAAUGAGUACAAAUCAAAUUUGCAUACCGAUUAUGUGAUAGAAAUACCUAUAUUAUUGCAUCUACUUGAAUUGUUGUAUGUACUUAUAUAAAGUGUACUUAGAAUCUAUUUAUUAGAAUUAUUUAUGAUCCUUUUCAGACAUUGAACCAAUAAGAUGCAUACCAGAAAUCUGUAGAUUUCUGACAAGUUAUUUUCAUAUGUUUUAUUUUUGUGAGUUUAUGUUUGCAGAGAUUUUGUUUGAAAGUUGAAAAUUUCAGGGAUUGUAUAGUACUUUAAGUAGGUAAACCUUUGCUUUGAGAUUGCAGAAUCCUCAUAAAACCAUGACAACACUUCUUUAUCAAAUUCCUUGAUCUAUCUUGUAAAUGUAAAUUCACUGCCUUCUAAAACCAGGUGUCAUUUUUCUAUAUUUGUUAGUAUCAUAAGCAUUAUAAUCUGUGACAUAUUGAUUGAUUUUUCUGAGAGAUGGCCAUCACUUUAUACUUUAAUAAUUUCUGGGGUGAAAGCAUGGUAAUUUAUAUAAAGGAAAGAUAAUAGACACAAGUACUUUGUAUCUAUCAGUGAAUUUGAUUAUGAAACCCCUUCAUCAAAUUUUUGAAGUUUAGUUAGAUAUCUUAUACCACUUCUUUUAUUUGCGCAUAAUUAGUGCUUCGGUUUGUGGUGUCAUUGGGAAUAUGUGUUGUUCCUCUACAAUAUUAAAGGGUAUUUCGCCAUGGCCUUGAGUGUGCAGUACAUAAGAACAAGGUAACAAAAAAAAUGCUAAAAAUCAUGAAAGUUCAUCUGUGUUAGUUGAAAAUAUGGAAAUUUUGCACUUAUGUUCACAAGGCGCAAAGAAAAUUUGAAGAGCUACCUAGAAAUUUUUGGCUACUAAAUGCAGCAUUUCUCAGUGAUGCGGAAGGCUGCAGUGAGUAGCCGAAGAUUUUGAAGGUAACUCUUUAAAUUUUCUUUGUGUGUUGUGAACAAAACUUAUGAACUUUUGUUACAAAAGUUCAUAAGUUCCUUGAGGAUAUAAAUAUAGAAUACAUAUUUGCAAAAUGCACCAGCAAGCCUUUGGCUCUACCUAGCCUUUUUUUCUAUUACUCAAAAAGAGUGUGACAUUCCAAACCAUAUUGGCGGGCUUACUAUAUAUUUUCAUCUUGGGAUUUUUCUCCCCUACAGAUUUUCUGUAAUGCCUUGAGUAUCCACUAAUCCUAGUGCUCAAUAUAUUACACCUUACUCUGGCUUUGCUCUGUUCAAAGUUUAUUUUUAGUUAAUGAAAGUUUGAGAUGAGCCAGUAUGUAUGAAAUUAUGAGUAGUAGUGGAUUAUUAUUUCUAGUCAAUUUGCAAUGGUAUGUAUCAGAGGUAGCAUAUUCAAUUGUGUGUUACCUUCAUUUUCCACAAUGCUAUGUUUGUGUG